CAGUCGGGUGUCACGAGUCGAAUGCGUGCAUAUGCACUCGUUGCUGCCCUCAUCAAACGUCGACAGUGUGAGUGUGCGUCUUGAGUGAGUCGGACAGGCCUAAACUUUGGACAAGCAGCAAGCAGCUGCCUGCUCAACUCGCGACCUUUCCCCCUUUCCCCUUCUCCUUCUCAUCAAUCAUCUUGAAAUGGCAAGAAGUCGAGAGUGUGGAUCCUAAAUCAUUUAUUCUGCGACCAUCUCUUCCCAUAUCCGCCUCGCAACCAUCAUCCUUCCCUUCUUGCACGCACGCACGCACGCACGCACGCACGCCUCGUUCAUUGAUCUUUUCCCCACAGCAAAGUCAGCACAUCGCUUGCAUACAUCAUCAGCACUCGCAAAGCACGUCUCUGCAUCAUCCAAUCGGUAGCUAGCAGCGCCAUGUCUCACGUCAAAAAGGACAGUUCGACCAGUCAGACUUCGACAACACCCGCUUCCAUCGUUCGACCUGGCGCAUCUCCUGAAGGACCCCCGGGCUGGGAAGAGAAGAGGGUAGCUCAGGUCGAAGCUCAUCAAGCCGAGGAGGCGGGUUCAGCUUGCGUUGCUGCCUCGCAGUCCGAUACGAGGCAAGGGACAGGUUCGAACAGCAAUGCGGACGGAACGGAGGAGAGGGAAGGAUUGGCACAGAAGCUAAAGGAUCAGGUGCACAAGGUUGGAGAGAAGCUGGCUUUCGUACCGCCUAAAGGUGGAGAGAGCAAACAGGAUGCCUCGACGAUGCCAGAGGUACCCAUCGAGUGAUUCGUGGUACAUGAAAUCCCCCAUCCCACACAAGCAUGAGCGGGCAAACGCGCACAGUCGUUGCGAAGGAAUGAGACGUGGCCACGGAGAGACAUCACAGACGCCUUGUGAGGGGAGGCGUCAGGUGCUUCAACCACGAAUGCCCCGAAGUAUCGCGUGCGUAUACGGACGUCGUCCGGUAGCAGCCACCGUUCAGGCGUUCAUGUGCCACGGCUCUCUACCUCGUCGGUCUCGCCUGCGGCACUGGGCUUUUACCCACGACUCAUCUUUCCUGAGCUACCCAUAAUGUACCAUCACGAAACUCUCAGCAUAGCGCUUCUCACUGCAUGGCAAAGCUUCGAUUCCGUGCAUUGCGAUUCCAUUUAUAAGAGGUCCAUACGCAAGCUGGCUGCGGCUACAGUGGGCUGAAUUGGC